AUGCCCCUUUACACCAUGCCCCUUUACACCACAGCCCUUUACACCACAGCCCUUUACACCACGGCCCUUUACACCACGCCCUUUACACCAUGCCCCUUUACACCACGCCCCUUUACACCACGCCCCUUUACACCACGCCCUUUAUACCAUGCCCCUUUACACCACGCCCCUUUACACCACGCCCCUUUACACCAUGCCCCUUUACACCAUGGCCCUUUACACCACGCCCUUUACACCAUGCCCCUUUACACCACCGCCCUUUACACCACAGCCAUUUACACCACCGCCCUUUACACCAUGCCCCUUUACACCACCGCCCUUUACACCACGCCCCUUUACACCACGCCCCUUUACACCACGCCCCUUUACACCAUGCCCCUUUACACCACCGCCCUUUACACCACAGCCAUUUACACCACCGCCCUUUACACCAUGCCCCUUUACACCAUGGCCCUUUACACCACAGCCAUUUACACCACCGCCCUUUACACCAUGCCCCUUUACACCAUGGCCCUUUACACCACAGCCAUUUACACCACCGCCCUUUACACCAUGCCCCUUUACACCACCGCCCUUUACACCAUGCCCCUUUACACCAUGCUCCCUUACACCACCUACACCACAGCCAUUUACACCACUUACACCAUGUUUACAGCCAUUUACACCACCGCCCUUUACACCAUGCCCCUUUACACCACCGCCCUUUACACCAUGCCCCUUUACACCACUCUGAAUUGUUAA